AUGAUCUGCCGAGCUUGCUUGCGUGCCAGAGCCGCCCUUAUUCCAACGAAUGUCCGUCCCGCCGAACAAGAUCUGCUUCGGGCGGCUCCAAGACGGCUACUUUCAACAGUCCGCCCGUGCCAAUCUCAACCCCGCGUAAAAGCUGUGUAUCCUUCGCCUCAGCUCUCGCAAUGCCUCCGACAGACUUCCAGCGACAGACUCUUCUCUACUUCGGCUGCCUCGUCAUCUGCCUCGGCGCAACCACAAGAUGCGGCCUCCCCCUCUAGCGGCGCGCUACAAAAGCCGAGCUUCCUGUCCGAGGGCGAAUCACUGGUCUGGGAUAGGCUGGCCGCCGAGUUCGAACCUACACAGCUGGUGGUGCAGGACAUAUCUGGCGGGUGUGGGUCUAUGUACGGCAUUGAGAUUAGCUCUGAGCGGUUCCGCGGCUUGACCAUGCUCAGGCAGCAGCGGCUUGUCAACGCUGCGCUAGGGGACCUCAUGAAGGACUGGCACGGCGUUCAGCUGAAGACGAGGGUGCCGUGA